GUCCUUCAGGUAGGAGGUCCUGGGUGACUUUGGACGUCCGCUUAGCCAGGUUGCAGAAGCGGUUUAGUGUGUGUCCUAAUCUUCUCUCUCCGUGUAGCUAGGCCUGUGCCGCAAACAUGCUCCGCCAGAUCCUCGGGCAAGCCAAGAAACAUCCCAGCUUGAUCCCCCUCUUCGUAUUUAUUGGAGCAGGGGGUACUGGAGCAGCACUGUAUGUGAUGCGCUUGGCAUUGUUCAAUCCAGAUGUCAGCUGGGACAGGAAGAAUAACCCAGAGCCUUGGAACAAACUGGGUCCCAAUGAACAAUAUAAGUUCUACUCUGUGAACGUGGACUACAGCAAACUGAAAAAAGAAGGCCCAGACUUCUAAACUGUGAAGCUCACUGCGAAGCUGCUUACAAUGAAGGUCUUUCAGAAGCCGUCCGCACAAUUUUCCACUUCAGCAGGAACUAUGUCUCCAAAUGCAUGAAAUCAUGUUGAUUUUUUUUUUGAGUUUAUUACACUGAUGAAUAAAUCUCUGAAACUUGAUAUGUGUCACUAUUUAAUGCUGAAAAUUCAUAUGGGAUUUGAUAGCUAGGAUAUAAGAAAUAAAGUAUCAGGAUUUAAAGAA